UGGUUGUGUACGUGGAAGAAGCCAGCGCAUGCGCAGUCCGGGAUUUUCGUCUCAGCUGUGCGGGAAGGGUUGAGGGUACCGUCCCGGGCUGGGGGGAGAUUGUCAGGGUCAUGGCCCGCCGCUGACCGGACCCACCGGUUGAGGAAGGGGGCGAGGCCGUUCCGCUGCACCCUUCCCCGGGCCUCAGGCCCGUCGGCCUGGCCCUCGGCCUUCACGCUUGGUGCUGCCGCCGCUACUGCCGGCUGAGGAGGGGAGAUGAGUUGGUUCAACGCCUCCCAGCUUUCCAGCUUCGCGAAGCAGGCCCUGUCCCAGGCCCAGAAGUCCAUCGACAGGGUCCUGGAUAUCCAGGAAGAGGAGCCGAGCGCCUGGGCCGAGACCAUUCCAUACGGAGAGCCGGGAAUCAGUCCCCCUGUCAGUGGAGGAUGGGAUUCUUCAACCUGGGGGUUAAAAUCAAACAGUGAACCUCAGAGUCAGCCUGUAGCCUCUCCUAAAGCAAUUACAAAGCCUGUUCGGAGAACUGUGGUAGAUGAAUCUGAAAAUUUCUUCAGUGCCUUUCUCUCUCCAACGGAUGUCCAGACCAUUCAGAAGAGUCCAGUGGUGUCAAAACCACCAGCUAAAUCACAACGACCAGAAGAAGAAGUAAAAAGCACUUUACAGGAAUCCUUGCACACUGGACAGUCAAGAACCUCUGAAACAGCGGAGUCAAAAGUGAAAGACUCUACUCCAUGUGUAUCAGGGGAAGCUCUGGCAGUGGAUACUCUGUCACCUACGCCUGAGGGCAAGAAUGAAGAAACUGUUAAUAAAGAAUCUGAUAUGAAGGUAUCAACCGUACAUUUGAAAGUGUCCGAAAGUGUAAUGAAUGUGAAACCAGCUAGGGAAAACAUACCUAAUAUGUCGACGUCAGAAACAAAGGACAUGGGUUUGGAACCUAAGGAACAAAAACAUGAAGACAGACAGAGUAACACACCUUCUCCUCCUGUUAGUACAUUCUCAUCUGGUACUUCUACCACCAGUGACAUUGAAGUUUUAGAUCAUGAAAGUGUAAUAAGUGAGAGCUCAGCAAGUUCGAGACAAGAGACAACAGAUUCAAAAUCAAGUCUUCACUUGAUGCAGACAUCUUUUCAGCUUCUCUCAGCAUCUGCUUGUCCUGAAUAUAAUCGUUUAGAUGAUUUCCAGAAACUCACUGAGAGUUGCUGUUCAUCUGAUGCUUUUGAAAGAAUAGACUCGUUUAGUGUGCAGUCAUUAGAUAGCCGUAGUGUAAGUGAAAUCAAUUCAGAUGAUGAGCUGUCAGGCAAGGGAUAUGCUUUAGUACCUAUUAUAGUUAAUCCUUCAACUCCAAAGACCAAAGUAGCUGAAUCUGUUGAAGGAAAAUCUGAAGAAGUAGUAAAUGAAACAUUAAUUAUACCCACUGAAGAAACAGAACUGGAAGAAAGUGGACGAAGUGCAACACCUGUUAAUUGUGAACAGCCUGAUAUCCUGGUUUCUUCUACACCAAUAAAUGAAGAACAUACUGUCUCAGACAAAGUGGCCGAGCCACCUGAAACUGCUGAAAGUAAGCCGGAAGCGCACUCUGAGAAGGAAGAUGUUUGCAAGAGAGUUGAAUUUCUGAAUGAGAAACUGGAUAAAAGGGAGGCUCAGUUAUUAUCUCUCAGUAAAGAAAAAGCACUUCUAGAAGAAGCCUAUGAUAAUCUGAAAGAUGAAAUGUUUAGAGUGAAAGAGGAAAGCAGCAACAUUUCCUCCUUGAAAGAUGAAUUUACUCAAAGAAUUGCAGAAGCAGAAAAGAAAGUUCAGCUAGCCUGUAAAGAGAGAGAUGCUGCUAAAAAGGAAAUCAAAAGUAUAAAAGAAGAACUUGCUACUAGAUUAAAUAGUAGUGAAACUUCAGAACUUUUGAAAGAGAAAGAUGAGCAGAUCCGAGGGUUAAUGGAAGAAGGAGAAAAACUUUCAAAACAGCAGCUGCAUAAUUCUAACAUUAUUAAGAAAUUAAGAGCUAAAGACAAAGAAAAUGAAAAUAUUAUUGCAAAACUGAACAAAAAAGUUAAAGAGCUAGAAGAAGAGUUGCAACAUUUAAAACAGGUUCUUGAUGGCAAAGAAGAGAUUGAGAAACAACAUAGAGAAAACAUUAAAAAACUAAAUUCUGUGGUAGAACGCCAAGAGAAGGAUCUAGGCCGACUUCAGGUAGACAUGGAUGAACUUGAAGAAAAGAACCGAAGUAUUCAAGCUGCUCUGGAUAGUGCAUACAAAGAACUUACUGAUCUCCACAAAGCCAAUGCUGCAAAGGAUAGCGAGGCACAGGAAGCUGCUCUGAGUCGUGAAAUGAAAGCCAAAGAAGAACUUUCUGCAGCACUAGAGAAGGCCCAAGAAGAAGCCCGUCAGCAGCAAGAAACCUUAGCGAUUCAAGUGGGAGACCUCAGGCUGGCUCUGCAACGUGCAGAACAGGCGGCUGCCAGAAAAGAGGAUUAUUUGCGCCAUGAGAUCAGUGAACUCCAACAGAGAAUUCAGGAAGCAGAAAAUCGAAACCAAGAGCUGAGUCAAAGUGUUUCAUCAACAACAAGACCAUUGCUUCGACAGAUAGAAAAUUUGCAAGCAACUCUAGGGUCCCAGACGUCAUCGUGGGAGAAGUUAGAGAAGAAUCUUUCUGAUAGGCUUGGUGAAUCCCAGACCUUGUUGGCUGCAGCAGUUGAAAGAGAACGUGCAGCUACAGAAGAACUCCUUGCCAACAAAAUUCAGAUGUCCUCCAUGGAGUCACAGAAUUCUCUCUUAAGGCAGGAAAACAGUAGGUUUCAGGCCCAGCUAGAAUCAGAGAAAAAUAAGCUAAGAAAACUGGAGGAUGAAAAUAGUAGGUACCAGGUUGAAUUAGAAAGCCUAAAAGAUGACUAUGUAAGAACACUUGAAGAGACCAGGAAAGAAAAGACACUAUUGAAUAGUCAGUUAGAAAUGGAGAAAAUGAAAGUUGAACAAGAAAGGAAGAAAGCAAUUUUCACCCAAGAAGCAGUAAAAGAAAAGGAACGGAAGCCAUUUUCUGUUUCUAGCACUCCCACAAUGUCACGAUCAAGUUCAGUAAGUGGAGUUGAUAUGGCAGGACUGCAGACAUCUUUUCUGUCUCAGGAUGAGCCUCAUGAUCAUUCAUUUGGACCAAUGUCUUUAUCAACAAAUGGAAACAAUCUUUAUGAUGCUGUAAGAAUGGGAGCGGGAUCCAGCAUUAUUGAAAAUCUACAGUCUCAGCUAAAGCUGAGGGAAGGAGAAAUUACUCAUUUACAGCUAGAAAUUGGCAGUCUAGAAAAAACACGCUCAAUAAUGGCUGAAGAACUAGUUAAAUUAACGAAUCAAAAUGAUGAACUUGAAGACAAGGUGAAGGAGAUACCCAAACUUCGAACUCAGCUAAGAGAUUUGGAUCAGAGAUACAACACUAUUCUGCAGAUGUAUGGAGAGAAAGCAGAAGAGGCAGAAGAACUUCGAUUAGAUCUUGAAGAUGUAAAAAAUAUGUAUAAGACUCAAAUAGAUGAACUUUUAAGACAAAGACUCAGUUAACUUCUGAAAACUACAUUCCCAUCAAACUGAAUGUAAACAUUUAAUAUCUAAAUGUAGACUUCCAAUAAAUUCUUUUAUAGAAUUAGAGAGUGGAAUUUACUGUAGAGUUCAAAAACUGAAAAAAAUUGUUUUAUAGUAUAUAGUAAUAUUUGCAGUUAAAUUAUUUUGUGCAAUAUUUGAACUUUAUUUUUGAAACUAUUCUUUAAAGAUUUAUUUUUUAAAGCAUCCCUUUUUUUUUCCUGAAAGCACAGAGAUCAACUACUUUUCCUUAUAUUAGUAUAGUUAGGGAAAGAGAAUAGUGUUCAUAUGUGGUAUUGUAAAUAUAUAAUUAAUGUGUCUCUAAUUUAUAUGUGUUUGUAUAUAUUAAGGACAUUUAAAGAGUGAUAUUAACACACUGAAACUUUGAAAUCUUUCACUAUUCAACAUACCUAAUAACUACAUGGAAAUGGAUAUUUAAGUCUUCUAGUGAAAAAAAUACUAAACCUUGUGCAAUUAUUAAAUUUUGAGCUAAUUUUUUUUCAAGUAGAAGUCACACUGACACUGUCCUAAGUUUAAAGGGUGAAUGAUUUAAACUUUAAAAUUUUUGUGGCCCGUGAAAUUAUUUCACCCAGAUUCUAUAAUUAAGUCGGUACAAAUUUUACCUCUCUGGUACAAUCUAUAGCUAUUCUGUUAGUUAUACAGGCAUGAUUGGAUAGCGGGAAAAUUAUACUUACAGUGAUUUUGUGAUAGUAUCUGAAAUUUAAGUGAUUUUGAAGAAGUAUUGUUUUACUUCCCUAUGAAAUGAAUCCAAAGUGAUAACAUAAUUUUCUCUUAAAAAUUAAUUUUUCACAUCUUGUAGUGUUUUUUUUUUGGCACAUUAAAAAUCAAAGUUUGAUAUUACAGAAUAUUCACAAAAAAUAGAAAAGUUAUAGGAGUUAAUUUAAAUUUGGCAUUUUGCAAUUCUGUGUAAUUUAUCAUUUAACUUUUUCUCAAAACUUAAACACAAAAAUAGUGUGGAAAAGCUUUACAAAACAGCUAUGCUUUCUUCCAAAUGUCAUUUUGUUUUUAAAAGUUAACCAGGCUGUGUUUUAGAUUUGUGAAAUAUUUUGAUACAUUUUAUUACUGAAAGUCAUUUAGCUGCCUUUACUUGGAAAUGAAAACUCUCAUUUAAUUUUUAGCUUAAUUUUAAACACUAGAACUUUGGAGUAUAGUUACAAGCAAGACAUGUUGAAGAAUUUGGAAUGCUUUUCAGGGCAAUUCAAGUGACCUCAUUUUUGUUCUUUUUGUAUUCCAGACAGUGUUUCUGUCCUGGAUCUCUGAUUUGUAGCACUAAUAGUCUUUCAGUGUGAACCAAACUCAUAAAAUUAAUUUUCUAUAUAUUAGUGGUAAAAAGUGUAAUAGCUUUUUGUCAGCUUGGAUUUUUUUUUUUUUUUAAUAUUCAGGGGCUGACAAGGAAUGACAAGACUGAUAGCAAUAAAAAAAAUGUACAGAGUUAGAAAAUAUAGGAAACUUAAGUUGCAAAAUUCUGUCAAGCAUUUGAAACUAGCAGCUUAGGAAUUAUGAAGUUGUUUUAAAAUAUUCAUUAGUGAGAAAAUAAAGUCUUCAGUUGUAGAGAAAAGAUUGAAAUAAAACCUAUUCCUUUCAAUUUCAAAAUAUUAAACAUUUUUUCUUAAUUCUUACAUUAAUAAAAUCAGUCCAACUUAAAAUUUUAAAAGUGUUUUCAAUUUAUUGAACUCAAAAAUGAUAAGCAUUUAUUUAAAGCUUUGGCUGUAUACUACCCUGUGUUCUUUAUCCAAAAAUUAAUAAUGGAUAUUCAUACGGAUUUAUUAAACACUUAGAUUUCUCAGUACAUUUGUAAGUUGAGAAGGUGUAGUGAAUAAGUUUCUUGAAAAACUUCACUAAGCAGCAGAAUACCUAAAGAAUAUUUGUUGCUGUAUUUUGCUGUUUGUCAUUAAAACUUCUCUAUCCAUAUUCUAGUAAAGUAAUGUUUAUAUUUUAAUGGUUAAGCAAUAGUUUGCAAUCAGAUGUUUCUAUUCUUGAAAGAAAAUAGAUAAUACAAAUAAUAACAAUUUCAAAAAUAUAAAAAAAGUAGAAGAGGUGUGAAUCUUGUUGCUCUGUAGACAACUGAACACAGUCUAGGUGUUUUUCUAAUUCUUGGGAAACUAAAUAAAGACUACCAUUUCUUUCUUUUCCAUUGCCUCUUUUUUGAGAAGUUCCAGUUGUAUAAUCUUUAGCAUAUGGAAAUGUACUGAAUAUAUCUGUAUAAUGAGUUAAGAUUUAAGAUAUUCUAAAUAUGGAUAACUUCUGACCUGGGGAAACAUGAGUUUUUGGAGUUAAUUAAGUGAGUUUUUUUUUCUCAUGAUCCCUCAAUUGGCAUUUGAUUUCUUAAUUGAAAAUUUUAUUCAGAUGUAUAUUCAAACGAUAGGAUUUGUAAUAUUUAGAAAAUAUUCACAAGCAAAAAGAAAAAGUGACUAUAGAUAUCUUGUUUUACUAUUUGUCUAGUAUAUAUUCAUUUUUUCUGGUGUAUCAUAAUUUUUUAUUUUCCUUUAAAAUCUAAUCUGCCCUAUUUCAUUCAGUUUUACACUAUAACUUUAUAUUUUGUAAAGGGCUAAAAGUAUGAUUCAAACUACAGAUUGACAUAAUAUUUUAAUUCUAACUGAAAGGUACUGUAAUUAAGCAUGGAUCUGAUUUUAAUAAAGAUUUUAAAAUAUUAA